CCCACCUAACACCCCCCUUUCGUGAAUCACUAUCCCUCUGAACUUUCAAAAUCACCCGACCAAAGCCCUAGGUUCUCCCUGCAACGGUUCUGCCACAGUGCCGCCGCUGUCCGUGCUGUCGGCGCCUCCACGUCUUCUCUUGUAGCCCAGGCCCUCUCUUGUAGCUCGGCGUCCUCCUUCCCCCUGUCCCCGUCCUCCCUGGCUUCUCUGUUCGAGGCUUGGAGUAGGUCGCCGCCAUUCGCCGGUCACCGUCGUCUCGCUGGUCGCCGUCCGUGUCUCCGUCGAAGUAAAUUACAAAGUCUAGCUUGCUCUCUGAGUCUCAAUAUCUCACAUCGGCUUCACUCUCCACCGUCGCUGCUGCCUCCGUGCUCGUCACUGUCGUCGUAUCCGCAUUCCUGUAGGAGUUUCUUUCUUGGAAUAUGGAUCCUACCAUGAAACAAUUCCAACAAAAAUUAACAGAAGUGGAACUGGAAGCCGAGCUUCUUCUUUUGGCCCGGCAUCAGAUGGUUGAGAAUGAUAAAUUGAGAAAUGGGAAUAGAGAAGCACUGACUGCAUUAAGGAAGAGGGCUCGGACAACCAAGACUAGUGUUCCGACUCCUUUUGAAUCGAUGAUGAAGGGAGUCGAAGGGUCGAGGUCAAGACCCUUGGUGCAAGAAGUGUGUAACACCUGUGGUAACCAUGAUUCAUUCGAGAAGACGUGGAUGAUGUUUCCAGGAACUGAUAUGUUUGCCAGCAUCCCAUUCCAUGCUGCCCACACUAUCUUGGAAACAGAUCAACCUCGACUUGACUUUGAGGCAAAGAAGCUACAGAGCAUAGUGAAGGAAAAAUCAUUACUUAUUUCAGAGACAGGUGCCCUUGCUGAUAAGAUAGGACCAGGCGUGGUUAGAUCUCUUGUAACCUUAAACGACUAGUUAAAGUAAAGAUGCCUGAGCUUACGACUGUGUGGCGACCAAGUUUUUCUUAUAUCAAUUAGUUACAAAAUGGCUAUGUGUUCUAGAAGAAAUCUUCUUAGGGUAUCUGGGUAGCUUAUCUAAUCUUAUCUCUUGUAAUUAUAAACCAAAUGCUUAUUUUAAAUCCUCAAGUUUACCUCUUGGUUACUUCAUUCAAUGUAAUGGAGAUUUUGCCACAGAUUUCUGCUAUUUAAAACCUGGGUUGUCAAAGGUUCCCGUAAUUAAAUGGAUAUUAGUGAAGUUUUAGUCAAAGAUUUAAUGGAUUAAUAUUGAUUUUUGGUUGAAAUUGAAUGGCAGUGUAAUUAAAGGUUUUGCAA